AUGUUAUCGGAAGGAAAAGCAGCCGGUCUCGAGGCUUGGGUAGAAGGGAUGGACAGUAAGAACAAGCUUAAUGAAUACCAAAUUCGACACCAUGAUGCCAUUGGAGAUGAGCCCCCUUAUACAGAAUGCUUUUUGGAGACCACAGACGAGUCUUUUGCCAUACAGGUGCGAAAGCUUCACACCUUCAGCGACACAACAGAUCUGCACAGUGAAGCGUACAUUGAUGGCAAUCCGAUUGGUUCUGGAUAUGGUGUUCGAAUUGGAGUCAAACAUUUUAAGUGGGAUAAACUGCUGAUUAGGGAAGACGAUCAAUAUCACAAAAUAAAUUUCAAGUUUUGUCCAUUACCUACUACCGAUGACCCGCUCAAGGUAACUAUCGAUCCGACUGCUAUAAAGAGGCUGGGAACAAUAGAGAUCACCUUUUGGCCCGGAUUCUGUCAUCAUGAUGGCCUCCAUGCCGAGGCUGUUACCAAACUUACCUCUGGUAUAGCUCAUGAAGGGCUGAAGAAGUAUUUGUCCACUAGAAAUCUGUCAAUGACUCCAGAUGGGCUUUACAGGGGAGCAAAUAAGAUCGCUUGUGAACAGCCGAGAGUGGUAGGUUAUCGAUUUAGUAAGCUCGACAAGGAGAAUUCGCCAUCCUAUCGCUUUGUGUUCAAGUAUCGUCCCCGACCUGUCCUUGUGCUUAUGAGGAUCAUUGAUGAACCCGAACAAGAAGAACGGUCCAUGCCAUUUCAACCCCGCCGCAAACGAAAGAUCCCUGCUGGAGCAGUUGAUAUCAGCUCAGAUACUGAAGAAGGAGAAGAUGUCAAACCUUACCGUGCUUUUAAGCGUAUCAGAUAUUUAGAGGAUCAACUGAAGAAUCUCACUAGCCGGAUGAAGAAGGCUAGCAAUGAGAAGGCUGGGAAAGCAGAUAUCGUUGAUCUUACCUUAGACGAUGAGGAUUAG